AUGGCACUGCGCACCGGGAGGACUUGGUUCGGACGGGUCUUGCGCAGGGUCUCGCGGCUGCAGGGCUCCUGGUCCAGGCGCUCCAGCAGUCUUUUGUGUCUCUCCGCCAACCAGGAGCACGAUCCGGGCUUCUCGUACCGCUGCCCUAGCCCCGGCCCCGCAGGUGAUCACCUCGGCCACCGUCAUCGGUGCGCGCCCCUCCGCGCGUCCGCCUCCAGGCGCAGUGCACUCGGCUUCUUCCCUUCUCGUCGCACCAUCCCGGGGAACACGAGGGGACAUGAGCCCCUCACUCGCCGGCUCCUUGUGGCCAUGAAGCGGCAAAACGUGCGGACCUUAUCCCUGAUCGUUUGCACGUUCACCUACCUGCUGGUGGGGGCCGCCGUCUUCGACGCCCUGGAGUCCGACUUCGAGAUGAGGGAGAAGGAGCAGCUGGAAGCCGAGGAGAGGCGCCUCCAGGGGAAGUACAACAUCAGCGAGGACGACUACCGCAAACUGGAGAGCAUUAUCAUGGAGGCCGAGCCACACAGAGCCGGGGUGCAGUGGAAAUUCGCCGGUUCCUUUUACUUUGCCAUCACAGUCAUCACCACCAUAGGCUACGGGCAUGCGGCACCAGGAACCGACGCGGGGAAGGCCUUCUGCAUGUUCUACGCCGUCCUGGGCAUCCCUUUGACUCUGGUGAUGUUCCAGAGUCUUGGUGAGAGGAUGAACACGUUCGUGAAGUACCUGCUGAAACGCAUCAAGAAAUGCUGCGGUAUGAGCAUCACCGACGUCUCCAUGGAGAACAUGGUGACGGUGGGUUUCUUCUCCUGCAUCGGCACGCUUUGCAUCGGCGCUGCCGCUUUCUCACACUACGAGGACUGGAGUUUCUUCCAGUCGUACUACUACUGCUUUAUCACAUUGACCACCAUAGGCUUCGGGGACUUUGUGGCCUUGCAGAAGAACAGGGCGCUGCAGAAAAAGCCCCUUUACGUGGCCUUCAGCUUCAUGUACAUCCUGGUGGGCCUCACGGUCAUUGGGGCCUUCCUUAACCUGGUGGUGCUGCGAUUCCUGACAAUGAACAGUGAGGAUGAACGGCGGGACGCCGAGGAACGAGCCUCGCUAGCGGGGAACCGUAGCAGCAUGAUCAUCCACAUCCAGGACGAGUCGCUGCAGCGAGGGAGGCGGCGGGGAGCCCGCGAGAGCCACCGGGACGAGAUGAGCGACUUGCACUCGGUGUGCUCCUGCAUGCGCUACCGCUCGCACGAGCUGGCCACCUCCGGGGGGCUGAUGGGCGGACUGGGAUGUGCCUUCUCCAACCAGAACUCGCUAGGCUCGCAGCUCAACCCGGGCCACUACUACCACUCCAUCUCCUACAAGAUUGAGGAGAUCUCACCCAGCACGCUGAAGAACAGCUUUUACCCGUCACCCAUCAGCUCGGUGUCUCCGGGUCUUCACAGCUUCACGGAAAAACUCCAGCUCAUGAGGAGGAGAAAGUCCGUCUAG